AUGGCUGCAACUUUUGAUCGUCUAUCCAAUGGACGGGUUUUGCUCAACCUCGUUACAGGUGGUGAUGAGCAAGAAUUGAAAGGUGAUGGCGUAUACGAAGACCACGCUUCACGUGAAUCAUUUACCUUCCAUGGCGAACGUUUAAGUGUAGAUGAUGCCAAGCUGCUUUAUCCACCGAUUCAAGCGCCUUACCCACCACUCUGGUUUGGGGGCUCUUCUGAAGAUGCGAUUGAAUUGGCUGCUGAGCAAGUUGAUACCUAUUUGACUUGGGGCGAACCACCUGCUGCAGUCAAAGAAAAAAUUGCAGUAGUGAAAGCGAAAGCCGAUGCCAAAGGUCGUCAACUUAAUUAUGGUAUUCGUUUACAUGUCAUUGUUCGUGAGACCAAUGAACAAGCAUGGCAAGCUGCCAAUGAACUGAUCCAAUAUGUAGAUGAUGCGACGAUCGCCGCUGCACAGAAAAAAUUUAAACAAAUGGAUUCCGUCGGUCAGCGCCGUAUGGCUGAGCUACAUAAUGGUGAUCGUAGUAAGCUUGAAGUAUCACCAAAUCUUUGGGCAGGAGUUGGACUCGUUCGUGGUGGUGCAGGUACGGCUUUGGUCGGUGAUCCACAGACUGUUGCAGAUCGUAUUCAAGAAUAUGCAGAUUUAGGCAUCAAUACCUUUAUUUUCUCAGGCUACCCACAUUUGGAAGAAUCUAUUCGCUUUGCUGAACUAGUAUUCCCAUUACUGCCGUUGGAAACACGCAAGAAACUCACGCAACCUAAUUUGACUGGACCAUUUGGCGAAAUCGUUGCCAAUAAUUACACCCCUGAAGAAAAUAAGAAACCAUUACAGGAGCCUGCAUGA